UUGUCUGACCAUUAUCAUAUGAGCAGGAUGGCGGAUCCAAAAAAUUCUCUUGUGAAUAUUCUUACCCGGAUUCAAUUUAUUGUGAUAAAGUCGAAGCAGACCAAAACAAUUAAAGGAAAAUCAAUUGAAAAUCAUAAUAACAAUAAUAAAUUGUUUCAUUUAGUAAAAGAAAACUCAAAAUUCGUUUAAUGAUACAUAAUAAAAUCAGAGUGAGAGGCCGAAAAAUAAAGUUCGAUAAACGAAGAGACAUAUUUUCAUGUUGCCAGGCCCGAGGGCUAAAUUUUCCUACUCACAUAAGUUCUCGAGAACCGACUGAGGACGAGACAUUCUUGGCUCAAAUCCAGACAGCGAUCCAAUCUCGAACAAAGGUUCUAUUGACUGUAAUGGCGUCCUCUUCUACAUUCUCCACGUGGGCCUUGAAUGGUGGCGUACUCGUCCCUAAGGUAUCAAGAAACGAUGGCGAGUUUAUUUGCAAUUAUCUCAAUUGUUGUGUUAAGCGAACGCCUUUUAUGCCCACAUCUCAAUCUGCCCACGUAUCCCGUUCAUGCGUAUUCCCUGGUGCCAAGGCAAUUGACUGGAGACGAGGAAAGUUGUCUCCCAAGGGUGGACUCCAAUGCAAAGCAUUGGAAGUUGAUACUAAGCAUUCAUUUUCAUUGGGGAAUAAGUUUCAACUUGAAGAUGUGAUCGAGGCUCAGCAGUUUGAUAGAGACACUCUCAGCGCCAUAUUUGAGGUGGCACUUGAAAUGGAGAAGAUUGAGAAGAACUCUGCUGGAAGCCAAAUUCUUAAGGGGUAUCUAAUGGCCACACUUUUUUAUGAGCCCUCGACUAGAACCAGGCUUUCGUUUGAGUCUGCUAUGAAACGUUUGGGUGGGGAAGUUUUGACCACGGAAAAUGCACGUGAAUUCUCCUCUGCAGCAAAAGGAGAGACACUUGAAGAUACCAUAAGAACGGUUGAAGGAUACUCUGAUAUAAUCGUGAUGAGACAUUUUGAAAGCGGUGCUGCCAGAAGGGCAGCAACCACGGCUAGUAUUCCUAUUAUCAAUGCUGGAGAUGGCCCUGGACAACAUCCAACUCAGGCCCUCCUGGAUGUGUAUACUAUUCAAAGAGAGAUUGGAAAACUUGAUGGCAUUAAAGUUGGACUUGUUGGAGAUCUUGCUUACGGAAGGACAGUCCGCUCACUCGCCUAUUUGCUUGCUAAGUACAAGGAUGUUAAGAUCUACUUUGUGUCGCCUGAAGUUGUAAAAAUGAAGGAUGACAUAAAAGAUUAUCUAACAUCUAGAGGAGUAGAAUGGGAAGAAAGUGCUGAUUUACUGGAGGUGGCCUCUAAAUGUGAUGUGGUGUAUCAAACUCGUAUUCAGCGAGAACGCUUUGGUGAAAGAAUUGAUCUAUAUGAAGAAGCUCGAGGGAAAUACAUUGUCAAUCUGGAUGUGUUGAAUGUAAUGCAGAAACAUGCAGUUGUAAUGCACCCUCUACCGAGGCUUGAUGAGAUAACUGUUGAUGUGGAUGUCGAUCCAAGGGCUGCAUAUUUUAGGCAAGCGAAGAACGGUCUCUACAUUCGCAUGGCUCUUUUGAAGCUCUUACUUCUUGGUUGGUGAAGCAGUGUGCUGGAAAUAUUCCCCUACACAGAGUUAGUAAAAGAUGCAUGCUUUCCACUUUCUUGUAGUGGACUUCCUCCCUGGGACAGAACAAGUAGAAACUCAAGUCAUUGUAGUAACUUAGAUGAUGGUUUUACUCUUACAGUUGAACGGGGUGCCUAAUUUUUCUUUCUUGUUCCAGUAUAUUAUCUUUUACACUUUUAAUGUAUCUUCAUCGGUCUUGGUUCA